AGCGCGAGCUAAUGCGAGGACGUGCAGAAGUUGCAACAGUCCAGUCGUCGUUCAGUCAUGCAUGGACCUCACCGGACGUAGUUUCUUGUGCUCACAUAAUCCCGCUUCACGUUGCACCUUCUGGAAGGUGUGCAACAUCAACCGCGGGGGUCUACAGCUGAACAGCAGCGGCGGACACUGUCGACCCCUCAUAGAUGAACAGGUGGAGCUGUGUACCCUAUCAUUGAGAAAAUAAAGUAGCUUUUGUGUUCGGUCCGGACAAUCCUCACUGGCCCGUAACGCGUGCGUUUUGCGAAGGCCAGGCACUCGAGUCUCCUCGCGCCGUGUUAUUCUUUCACAGCUGUGGUUUUGAGAUCACGUUAUCAGUGCUGUUUUCAGGGAAUAUCCCGAGAUGGAAUGUUUUAGCGUAACGCAAUUCAAGUGAAGCGAUUAUGUCGUGGCUACUAAUUUUGCUAUUCUUAGUAGAAAGCCUAACUCUGACCACGACGGAGGCAACCACUCAGGAAGUUUUCGUUGAUACUACGACGGCGAUUACUACGACCACGGUACCAGCUAAGACUACCCACACCACGGCGACUACAACCACGACUACAACCACUACGACGACAACGACAACAACCACGAGUACUACUACUACCACCACCUUGAAACCACCUUUGCCUCAUAAGUUUCUUGCUUGCGUCAGUUCAGUCGUUCAGGUAACAUUUCACCCACUGGACGAUGUGUGUUACUUCAUGUUCUUCACCGUCCAAGACAUCAAUCAACUAAAAAACAAGAAUCUCGGUCUUGCGAGAAGCAAAAUUGGUAUCGACAUACCGAGCUCAAAAGCCAACGCUAAUCAAGGCAAACUUGAAAAUUCCAUCGCAGCGUACUGGCCAAAGAUCAGAGACUUCGCUGUCCUGGACAUGGAACUCCGUCCAAGUGUUUCAAUUUAUGUCGGUCAUGUCGAAGCCUUUCUAACAGAAACGGACAGACUUAUAAAUAUCGAUAUGAGAGCAGAACCAACGCCAAGGAGGAACUUUGGCUACGUGCUUCUAGGUGUGGCCAUACUCCGGGGAAGCCAACAACCAAGCACCCUCAUGGCUAACUUCAAUCAACUUGUACAGGCUACAGGACCGUCACCCUGGCAGGGACCUGGCAUGCCGUCUAUGCAGUCAUCAUUCGUUGAGUCGCUGUCAUUCAGGCAUGUGACUGGGUUCCAACCGCUGCCUUUGAAAACAGCGGAAGUGCUCUCUUUUAGCGCUGCGGCCCUUAUAACUGCCUACACGGAUGCUUAUAGACCACUCACAGCUCCAUGCCGGAGUGUCACCCAGGCGAAUCCAAAAGAAUUGGUAAGCCGAGAUUGACUGUCAUGGUUUGGACAGUGAACGUUAUAGGGGUAAGGAAAAAGGACCUCGAGAAAAGGUGGCAAGAACGAUACACAGAAUACAGAAUCCUCACUUCGGUUGUGUC